UCUUCGCCGGUUAAAACCUCUCGCUCCCACCCACCGUCUCCUCCAUUCCUUUCCCCGCCGGCCCCAAAGCUCUCACCUUUCCUUCCCCCUCUCCUCCGCCGCCGCCACCGCAGCUGCUGCAUCGUGAUCUGUCGACGAGCAGGUCGCCGGAUCCGUCUGUCGCGGCGCUCUGUCCCGACCGCCUGGUCCGACAAGGAGGAGGAAGAAAGUUCACUUCUUGCGGGUGCUUCUCCCGGCCAGAUCUGACCCCGUCGGUCAGUCCAUGGACACCUCCCCCGCCGCCACCGCGGCGCCGGCCUCCUACUGGUGCUACAGCUGCGACCGCUUCGUGCGCGCCGCGGCGGCGCCGGACGUCGCGUGCCCGGGCUGCGGCGGCGGGUUCCUCGAGGAGAUGACGGCGCCGCCGCCAACCCGCGCCACCUCCAACCCCUACCUCCGCCGCCCGCGCGCGCACCACGCCAACGACCUGCGCCUCCGCCGCAGCCGCCGCAACACCUCCUCCACCCCCUCCUCCUCCUCCGCCCCGUUCAACCCGGUCAUCGUGCUGCGCCGCUCGGCCGCCAACGACGCCACCCCCGACGCGCUGGCCGGCGGCAGCAGCUUCGAGCUCUUCUACGACGACGGGGCGGGCUCGGGCCUGCGCCCGCUGCCCGAGACCAUGUCCGACUUCCUCAUGGGGUCCGGCUUCGAGCGGCUGCUGGGCCAGCUCGCCCAGAUCGAGGCCGCGGGGCUCGCCCGGUCCAGCGAGACCCCGCCGGCCUCCAAGGCGGCCGUGGACUCCAUGCCCACGGUCCCCAUCGCCGCCGCCCACGUCCGCGCCGACAGCCACUGCGCCGUCUGCAAGGAGCCCUUCGAGGUCGGCGCCGAGGCCCGGGAGAUGCCCUGCAAGCACAUCUACCACGAGGGAUGCAUCCUGCCCUGGCUGCAGCUCCGCAACUCCUGCCCUGUCUGCCGCCACGAGAUGCCCACCGACUCCAUGCCCACCGACCCAGCUCGCUCUCACCCGACCGAGGAGGAGACGACGGUCGGGCUCACCAUCUGGAGGCUCCCGGGAGGCGGUUUCGCGGUCGGGAGGUUCGCCGGCGGGAGGCGGCCCGAGGAGAGGGAGCUCCCGGUCGUGUACACGGAGAUGGACGGCGGUUUCAACAAUGGCGGCGCUCCCCGGAGGAUCUCAUGGGGCUCGCGGCAGAGCCGAUCAACGGAGACCAGCGCCGUCAGACGCGUUUUCCGCAACAUGUUUGCGUGCUUUGGCCGCGGGAGCUCGUCGAGUUCUCAGGCCUCCUCUGCGCAGAUGAGGCCCGAUGAGGCGUCGGAUGAUCAUUCCGCGGUGUUCAGCCAGGGCUCGAGGAGCCGCAGCAUGAGCUGGAGGUUGGAAGACGGCCACGCCGACGCCAUGGUGCAGAGAUAGUCCAAAACGGUGCCGCGCCGCGGGAAAGGUUGUUGAUUGCUUCUGUUUCAUCUGGUUUUAUGUACUUAUUAGAAGAAAGACACACGACGAUUUGUAGAACAGAAUUGGUGUUGUACAUAGGAAGCAGCAGCAUCUGCUAUAUUAGUUGCAGGGAAGAACAUAUCCACUGUGAUUCCAAGAUUGAGCAUUUGCCACGGAGACCAUGAAGUGUUUUGUUGGUAGCAAAUGAUAUGUUUGAUUGUCCUUGAUUCAAUUCAAUUCAAUUCAAUGUGCCCUCA